AUGGAGUCGAAUCUGACAAGCACGCGCAUAGAUCCGCCCGCUGGGCCGCGGGCAAAAUCAAAGACGUCUACCAAGAAAGAGGAUGUGAUUGAGUCCUGGGAAGAUGAUGAUCUCUUGUCGCCUGUCGACAGUGCUUCGGGCACUCAAACACCUACUGAGGCAGCUGACACCGCUCUGAAACCUGUCGAGUCAUUGGAUCCUGUCCUAAACCCUCCCCCUCCAACCCCGAUUUCUCCCAACGACGGUGAUCAAUAUAUCGACUGGUCUCCUGCUCAAGUUCUCGGAGGCGGCCGCCCAAAGCCUUACAGUCCUCCCACUCCCUCAACGUCUAUAUCAGAUUCUGAUCGAGAGCGACGCAGACCAGAGAAAACCACUGUUGCUGCAGGCCGAAUGAUUGCUGCUGGGUUAGGCAUGAAGACAACCAAAAGGACCGAAGAACAAAAGCAAUAUGAUCGAGCAAUCAGAGAGCAAGAGAUCCGACGGAAGAAAAAAGAAAAGGAAGAAAAGGAACGUGAAAGAGAAGCAGACGAAAAAGCUAAGGCCGCAAUCUGGGAUAGUUGA